AUGUCAAACAAUGGAAAAGCGAUGAGCAACAGUCAGCCGCAGAACAAGCGAAAACGCUUUUUGGAGGAGGGAACGCCGAGGACCGAUGUGGCUCAGAUACAACAAUCGUUUUCAAAUGAAAACAAUUUUCCCUCAUGGACAACAAAUUUCGAACACGAACAGAAUCGGCCAGUCGCUGGUUUUCCAUAUCAAGCACAACUCCAACAACCACAGCUCCAACAACCACAGCUCCAACAACCACAGCUCCAACAACCACAGCUCCAACAAGCACAGCUCCAGCAAGCACAGCUUCAACAACCACAGCCCGAACUCUCACCACCUUCUCAGGGUCUCGACUUGAGCCAUGUGUUUGGCGAGAAUAUGAUGAUUACGACGGGUGGGGGCGAUAUCGGUUGCCCCGAUGACCAAAAUGCCUGGUAUACCCAGAUACACGAUCUACCACCACCCAAGGAUUACAAUAUGCAGUCUGUGCAAUUUCAAGGAUCCUAUCAAACUCCUUUGCAGCAUUGUUCAAUGGAAGGGAGCCAAGAAGACUCCGUUUGGGAUCAGGGUCAGCCAGGUCCAUCUCAUCGUUACGACUUUCGGCCACCAGAAACUGCCGUCGACCCACUCCUUCCAGGUCCAUCUCAUCGUUACUACAAUCCGCCACCAGCAACGCAUUCCGACUUCAAUUCUGCCGUCGACCUACUCCUUCCAGUCUAUGAAGAUGUUCCGAAAGAGAUUAAAGAUCGAGUGAGAGAUGAGAACAACCAACUAUUGGAAAAUUGGAAAGACACAAACUGGCAAUCGAAAGAAUGGAGGAAAUUAGAGGCAGAGUGUAUCGAGGAUUUCGGCGGUUUUCCAGCGCCCCCACCACCCGCAAUUUUGUAUGAGAGGAAGAAAAACGGAAGAAAGAAGCAUUCGGCAAACGAGAUCGACCCAUAUUUUCACUUCACCGACAAAGACGCGGAGACGUUAAUGGAAGGGAAAAGACGGGGAAAUGAUAUGGUUUGCAGAAAAAACAAACUCUCAAGAAAAGGAAUCGAAGAAUGGCAUGAAGCUACGAAUAAACAGGAAGCGGCGAAUAGCUUGUGGAAGGAUAUACAUAGCCGUGUGAUCAACAAUCGCCAAAGCACGAACGUCAAGAAUCGCACCACUAAGGACCAUGGGUAUUUCAGCCAAAAAACCGUACAAGUUUGCGACGUGGCCAAUCAAUAUCGAAGCCUUUUGAUGCAUUUGUUCAAUGGACAAAUGACACUAGAAGACGCUCGAGGAUCGAUGAAUGAGAUCGAUCGGAGGAUUUUCACGAACGAUCAAGGACAUUGGUUUGAAAGUGGAAUGAAUUUGUUGAUCCAAGUGCGCGAAUACGCCGUGAUCGAGGCCAACAAAAAGCCGACAACAAGGCAAAGAACGAUGUCGAAAGAGAAAAACGAAAAAGAUAAAAAGAAGAAA